AUGGCACUUGUUGACUUGUGGACUUUUGUGGCAAGCACACGCAACUGGCCAGAGUUUGGUCGAACCACUUGCCAGUACCUGUACUUGGGUGAGACACUGGACAUUCUUCACGCCAAUGUACAAAACAAUGUUGUUGGCCAGUGGCAACAAGAUGUCCACCGCCAACGAUUGUUCAGCAUGUACAUCAACAUGAUGAAGCUUGAUAACAGCUUGUUGGAGAAGGUCAAGUCGGUGCUUGGAUCAGAGUUUGUUGAGAUAGAGCUUACACAAUGGUUCCUGGACGACGAGCAACACGCUGUUUAUAAAUGGAGUGAUGCUGAAAGAGUACAAUAUGACAAGACCAGAUUGAAGUACCUGAGUACCAUCCCUGACAAACAAUCAUCAAUGUUAUUGAACGAUCAUAAACAAUAUGUACUAAAGUUCAUUGACAGAUGCGCUAAUGGUGUCGACCUGAUAUCAAACAUGUGCCAAACAAAUCUGCCCCAUGUGCUACGCAUCAUCUUGGAUGACCCUCCCAACAACGACACCAACCAACGAUGGUUGAUAAACAAGUUGAGAGAGAUGUCCAGACCCAACUCGCCAUGGGGUAACAUCAAUUCUGGCUUCCGACUACUCCAUCCAUUCAUCCAAUCAAUCGAUCAAUGUCUCCAAUUCUUCCAUCUCUUUAACCUGGACAACAUGAUCACUCUAAUUACUCGCCUCGGUCAAUCAUUCCAACAAUAUUACAAAUAUUGUGAACAAUAUAUAAUGGCUACACUUGACAAGGGAUUGACCAAACUCGUCCUGUUACCAAGUGUCAUAAAUUGCCUUGGUGGGACAGUUGGUGUCAUGGAUGAGAGCAUCACAUCACUCCUUAGCAAACUAAACAAUAUGCCACUGAAUACCAACACCUUGCUUGUCUGCGCAGGACACACAGUAGUGAUCGUAUGA